AUGAAUCGAUCAGCAGCCUUAAAGACAGUUCUUGGUUCUUUAAAGAAGAGUUCCAACUCUGCAGCUGUACCAAAGUCCAAUCUUUUGGUUCUUAGGUUUGCAUGCGCACAACAUCAACAACGAUUCUUGCAAUCGUUGGCAAAACGAAACAAUCCUGGAUUCUUUGAUGUUGCUUCUGGAAUGUAUGAAAGUGAUAAAUACAAACUCGACAACAAACCAUUCGAGUUUAGAAAUGGAGAACCAUUCUUCCUUUUCAACUAUUUGGGAGCUGUAAUUAUCAGCAUUCCAGCCACAAUGGCCACCCUGUUGAGUUUUGUCUUUCUCAUUUGGUACACUCUCUUCGACACUCAAGUCACAAGAUCGAGAUCCAACCCUCAUCCUUUCUUGGAAACCAAGAACGGUGCUCAAGCUCAGGCUAGCUUAAUUCCAUUCUUGAGAGGUGCCAUCAAGUUUGGUAUUCUCAAUGCUGACUACAAGAUGUUAUAUUGGAAUGAAUUGAAUAGAGCCAAGAAACAUCAACUUUAA